UAGAGAGAGGUAGAGAUAAAACACACAGAGGGAGAGAGAGUGUGGUUUAUUUUAAUUUCAGUUUUGGUUGGUCAGCCGGUUCUCUGACACUCUGACAGUCAGUCAGUCAGAGAGUGAGACAGUGAGUGAGAGGUCGGCUCAGGUGUUGGAUGUUAUCUGAGGAGACAUGGAGCUGCUGCCCUCCCUGCUCUCCACCCUGAGGACUGUGGACCCCGGGACUCUGGAUCAGGAGUACAGCGUGGUGCGUUCACAGACCUCGGUGUUAAAGAGAGACCUGAGUUUGACCACUGAGGCCGGAGCUCUGAAGGAAAACAUCAAGAAGAACAGAUACAAAGACAUCCUGCCAUAUGACCAGUCUCGGGUUGUGUUGUCUCUGCUGACCUCAGACUGUGACUCUGAUUACAUCAAUGCCAGCUUCAUCAAGGGGGCGUCGGCAGACAACAGGUACAUCGCCUCUCAGGGUCCUCUGAGCUCCACGCUGAUCGACUUCUGGAGGAUGAUCUGGGAGCACGACGUCAAGGUGAUAGUCAUGGCCUGCAGAGAAAUAGAGAUGGGAAAGAAAAAGUGUGAGUGUUACUGGAGUUCAGUUCAUCAGUCUGCGUCUUUCGGACCGUUCACCGUCUGCAACCAGGGGGAGACUCGUCCUAAUGAAGACCUGGUGGUCAGAAAUCUGACUGUCUCAUACCAGCAGCAGAUUAUCUGUGACCUCAUCACAUUAUGUCCUUUUAUCUUCUACAUUCACUCAGUUGCAGGCUGUGGGAGGACAGGAGUCAUCUGUGCUCUCGACUACAUCCAUAACCUGCUGGUUACCAAGCAGAUCACAUUGGACUUCAGCAUCAUGAAGAUCGUCCUGGAGCUCCGCAGACAGAGACCCUCUGCAGUCCAGACUAAAGAUCAGUACCAAUUCAUCUUCACGGCCGUCGCCUGUAUGUUCGAGCGGUUCCUGCAGACGACCCACAGUCGGCUCUACCUGCCCGAGGUAAAAACACACUUUUGA